CGCGUCGCCGUCAUCGGCGGCGGCGUCAGCGGCCUGUCGGCGGCGUAUUUACUCCAAAAGAACGCCGACGACGCCGGCGGCGGACCAAAAAGUGUAAAAGCGCAAAGCGCGCCCUCGACGCCCUCGUGCGGCGCGGUGACGCUGUUCGAAGCGUCGACGAAGCUCGGUGGACACGCACUGACGCAAUACUCGAGCACGGCGAAGUGCGACGUGGAUUUGGGCUUCCAGGUGUUCAACCUGACGACGUACCCGCACCUGGUGGGCCUGUUCGGCGAGCUCGGCGUCGAGAGCGAACCGAGCGACAUGUCGUUUUCAUUGUCCACGGGAGACGUCGAGUGGGGGAGCAUAGGACUGAAAGGCGUGUUCGCGCAAAAGUCGAACGCGAUGAGCGGACGGUUUUUGAAUAUGAUUCGGGAGAUUCUACGUUUUGGUCGCGAGGCGCCAGAGGUUUUGGCGCCGGAACGCGCGAGCGAGUUCGCGGACGUCUCUUUGGGUGAGUACCUCAAAGCUCGCAAGUACUCGGCGUUCUUUCAAGAGUCGUACGUGGUGCCGAUGUGUGCGGCGAUUUGGAGCUGCAGCGACGACGACGCGAUGGCGUUCCCAGUGCGCACGCUCGUACGAUUUUGGGUGAACCAUCACUUAUUAAACAUCAUCGAGCGACCUCUCUGGCGAGUCGUCAGUGGUCGAUCGAGCGCUUACGUCGACGCCGUUGAGCGCGAGCUCAAAGACGUGCGUAAGGGCGCGUACGUGACCAAGGUGUACCGCGUGGCGGGGGGCGUGAGCGUGACUUUUAAGACAGAGGACGCCAAGGGAAAAGUUCAGGAGUCCACCGAGGUUUUCGACGACGUCGUUUUCGCGUGCCAUAGCGAUCAAGCGUUACAAAUACUUGGCAAAGCUGCGAGCGAGGAAGAAGUCUCGGCUCUGUCGGCGGUGAAGUAUCAAGAGAAUGACGUGUAUUUGCACACCGACGAAACAAUGAUGCCGCGGAACAAAGAUGCCUGGGCAUCGUGGAACUGCCUUCGCGGCGAUCGCUUAGGCAUUCCCGCCGAAGAAGCCGCAAAUCGAAGCGUUUGUGUGACUUACUGGGUCAACUUGUUGCAAAACCUCGCCCCUGGGACGAAGGAUUUGUUCGUCACGCUGAACCCGCCGCGCGAGCCGAAGGCAGGCUCGGUCGAACACAAAGUCACGCUCGCGCAUCCGUUAUUUAACAAAGCCGCGAUCGCGGCGCAGGAGGAGAUCAAGGCGUUACAAGGUAAAGACCGGGUUUGGUUUUGCGGCGCGUGGUGCGGCUACGGAUUUCACGAGGAUGGUAUCAAAUCAGCGGUUGAUUGUGUGGACAAAAUGCUCGGCAAGUCAUCCGUGCCGUGGAUGCCGCGGUCGUGCGAUCCAAAGUUGUCCAUGAGCACGAAGAUGGUCUUACCGCUUUUCCAGCGCGCGUGCGUGGGGUGGUUACCAGCCGACAAACGACUCCGCAUGAUUUUACCGGAUGGAAGCGAACGUCUUAUGAUGGGUAAAGAGGCCAACGCGUCGUCGGAGACGAUUACCAUGACGGUAUUCAACCAAAGACUCUUCAUGCAAACGAUUUUGCGCGCAGAUAUCGGUCUUGGUGAGUGUUAUAUGAACGGAGAUUUCGACGUGGAUUUAAUUGGGUUCAUGGACAUGAUUUGCAAAGGCCAUCCCGCGGCUUCUGGCGCAGAGACGGAGAGCUGUAAGCCGAAGAUGCGUCUCGACCCAGUGGGUCUCCUCACGGAGGCGGUUAACUGGGUAGGAGCGCAAAUGGAGAUGGCAGCACACAAGGCGUUAAGUAACACGAAAGAAGGAUCUCGUAAAAACAUAGAGUACCACUACGACGCUGGAAACGAGUUCUACAAGCUGUUUUUGGAUGACACCAUGUUGUACUCGAGCGCCAUUCACGGCGCUAUCGACGACGCUGCGAUGUCCGCGCAGUAUUUAAAGAUAGACGCCAUGAUCGCUCGAGCGGGUAUUAAGCCAGGCGAUCGCGUGCUUGAGAUUGGCUGCGGUUGGGGGACGUGCGCGAUUCGCAUGGCGAGCGAGAAGAAUUGCCAUGUCACUGGUUUGACACUGUCGCACGAGCAGCACGCCGAAGCAACGGCGCGCGUCAAAGCCGCCGGUUUGUCACACUUGAUCGACAUCGUCAUUUGUGACUACCGCGAUGUGCAAGGAACGUUCGACAAGGUGGUGUCGAUUGAAAUGCUUGAGGCGGUCGGACACGAACACUUGCCGACGUUCUUUGGCACCGUGCACAGAGUGCUGAAACCCGGCGGGCGAGCCGCGAUCCAAGUCAUCACUAUGCCGGACGGCCGCUACGAGUCAUACUGCAACAGUGAAAGCGACUUCAUUCGUGCGUACAUUUUCCCAGGUGGCCACUUGCCGUCGGUGGGGGCGAUGAAGAGCGCUUCGCCGCGUGGUCUCGUGCUCGAGGGAUACGACGAUAUCGGCUUGCAUUAUGCCGUCACUUUGCGAUUGUGGCGCGAGCGUAUGAUGCAUCACGCCCAACGAAUCCUUUCUAUGGGCUACUCACGAAAGUUUUUGCGCAUGUUUGAGUUUUACUUUGCGUAUUGCGAGGCUGCGUUUGCGAACAAGUUGAUUUACGAUUUGCAAAUGACGUGG